CUUUCUCUUUCUUGAUGAGAGUUGUCUCAAAUAAAUCUAGCGCUGUUCAACCAAACUAAACCAUCGAUUCAUGGAGGAGUGCUGGUGCCGCUUUUCUGUUUUCUGACACAUCAACUGGGAUAUGUACGCCACCGUUGACAUUUUGCGAUGUUUGAUAAAAGUAUGAGCAAUAUAGGCCUACAUUACAUGGUUGUCCUCCUAAUCUGGGCCCUCAACCCCAUGGUGGCAGCUCAGUCUGGCCUUAAGUUGACACGGACAGGAGGCAGCGUCAGAAACUUGACACAGCGGGCCAUCUCAUGCCGGGAAAACCUGGAGUACCCACAUGACAAUAUCUGCUGUUUAAACUGCCUAGCUGGUACGUAUGUCAAAGCGUACUGCACACGUGCCUUGGAGAGAGGAACGUGUGAGGCCUGUGAGUUUGACACAUACACUGAACAUGGCAACGGACUACGACAGUGCGUAAAGUGCACCACGUGUCACUCAGAUCAGGUGACUACGAAGGCAUGCACCAUCACUCAGGACAGAGAGUGCCGGUGUAAACCUGGGUCAUUCUGUGCCCCUGACCAAGCCUGUGAGGUGUGCAAAAAGUGCUUAAGAUGUGAAGAGAAUGAGGUGAGGCUGAAGAACUGCACUGCUACGUCCAACACUGUCUGUCAGACCAGACUGCCCGCACCCAGCACCAUCCCAGGUACAAGACCAGCAGGUGUUGGUGUGAUUGUGGUGGGAGUACUGGGUAUCACUGCUGCAAUUGCUGCUGUCUAUUUGAAGAGGCGAAAUUGCUGUAAAAGGAGAGAGUCCCAGAAUAAUCCCAGUGAGACGCUGAAGAUUGAGGUGGAUGAUCAAAACAACAGGUCAAUUGAGGAGAGGCAGAACAACCGGAGUGCUGUGCAGGAUGACACACGGCUCCGUCUUUUCCUGGAGCUGACCCAGGAGGUGGGCGCCAACGCCUCCUCAGCCGAUGAGGACAAUGGACUGGGCGACAGCCUCCACAACACCACCAACUCCUCCCAGUCCAAUUUGUCUGCACUACCCUCAUCCUCCCCGCUUUCCAGCCCUUCGGCCAAGAGGCAGCCAGGCGCUGCGGCUACGGAAGAUGUCCUUCUCAGAAAACUUGCUCCUUUGAAUGGUGACGAGUCCUUGAAGAAAAGUUUUGAACUUUUUGAAGAGCUGGAUGUUUACUACCAUAACAGAUUCUUCAGGCACAUCGGACUCCGUGACAACGCUAUAAAAAGCAUUGCACACCUUCAUCCUGAAGACCGAGUCUAUGAACUGUUAAACGUAUGGUUGGAAAUGGUGGGCAUGCAAGCCGACAUAAAUUACCUAAUCAAAGCCUUACUUUAUUUGGACCAAAAGUUAUCAGCAGAAAAUAUUAUUUCUAAAGCCAUUGAAAAUGGUUAUUAUGAAUAUGCAGUAAAUUAAUAUGCAGAAAAUAAAAUUGCGUUAGGAAAGUAUAAAGACCCCUUCCCCUUUUCCACAUUUUGUUACAUUACAGCCUUAUUAUAAAAUGGAUUAAAUAAAAAUCUUCACCAGUUAACUAACAAUCCCAUAAUGACAAAGUGAAAACAGGUUUUUAGACGUUUUUGCAGAUUACUUAUUUGCAUAAGUAUUCAGGCCCUUGCAAUUGAGCUCAGGUGCAUUCUGUUUCCAUUGAUCAUCCUUGAAAUGAUUCUACAAUUUGAUUGGAGUCCACCUGUGGUAAAUUCAAUUGAUUAGACAUGAUUUGGAAAGGCACACACCUGUCUAUAUAAGGUCCUACAGUUGACAGUGCAUGUCAGAGCAAAAACCAAACCAUGAGGUCAAAGGAACUGUCCGUAGAGCUCCGAGGCAGGAUUUGGUCGAGGCACAGAUCUAGGAAGGGGUACCAAAACAUUUCUGCAGUAUUGAAGGUCCUCAAGUGGCCUACAUCAUUCUUAAAUGGAAGAAGUUUGGGACCACCAAGACUCUUCCCAGAGCUGGCCGCCCAGCCAAACUGAGCAAUCGGGGGAGAAGGGCCUUGGUCAGGGAGGUAACCAAGAACCCAAGGGUCACUCUGACAGAGUUCCUCUGUGGAGAUGGGAGAACUUUCCAUAAGGACAAUCAUCUCUGCAGCACUCCACCAAUCAGGCCUUUAUGGUAGUGGCCAGGUGGAAGCCACUCUUCAAUAAAACUCCUGCUUGGAGUUUGCCAAAAGGUACCUAAAGGACUCUGACCAUGAGAAACAAGAUUUUCUGGUUUGAUUAAACCUUGAUUGAACUCUUUUACCUACAUUCCAAGCGUCACAUCUAGAGGAAACUUGGCACCAUCCCUAUGGGGGAAAACUUGGUGGCAUCAUUCUGUGGGGAUGUUUUUCAGCGGCAGGAACUGGGAGACUAGUCGGGAAUGAGGGGAAAGAUGAACGUAGCAAAGUACAGAGAGGUCCUUGAUGAAAAGCUGCUCCAGAACGCUGAGUAAAGGGUCUGAAUACAUGUGAUAUUUAAAAUUAUACAUUUGCAACAAGUUCUAAAAACCUGUUUUUUGCUUUGUCAUUAUGGUGUGUGUGUGUGUGUGAGAGAGUUGGUUGAGUGGGGGAAAAACCAUUUGAAUUGAUUUUAGAAUAAGGCUGUCAUGUAACAAUGUGGAAAAAGUCAAGGGGUCUGAAUGCACUAUGUUCCUGCUUCUAGUGAGUUCUGGGGAAAAUACCCAAAAUACAGACAGUAGGAGUCAUAACUGAGCCGUAUAUGUGAUUAGUUAAAUGAUCUCCGGUACUUGCUGCGACAGGCCUAUUGUCUGGCUGUUGAAUCAGUUCACUGUGUGAAACUGCAGAGGGAAUGAUAAGUUAUGCACAUGCUAGCGACUGUAGAGCUCCUGGGUGUUGAGUAAACACUGUCAACUGUAGUAGAAAGGAAGAAUAUACACUGGAUGUAGUCUACUGUGCUGUAGUGGUCAGGACACCAUGAAAUGCAUGGACCAUCCUGAAUGUAUUUUAAACACCAGGGGUGCAUCCCAAAUGUCACCUUAUUCCCUUUAUAGUGCACUACGUUUGACCUGGGCUCUGGUCAAAAGUAAUGCAUUCUAUAUGAAUAUGGUGCCAUUUGGGGUGCCCCACCAGUGGUGUGUGUCUUUACGAUUCAACAUAGAAUAUAUAACAGUUGUAUUUAUUUAUUUUUAAAUUUAAAGGACUGGUAAAUGUGUAUUUGCCUAUAAGGUUGUUUUCUUAUGUUGGUCCUGUAGAGCCAGAUCUAUUGAUGCUGAAUAUUCUGUACAAACUAUAGACUUUGUUUUGUCACGAAAUAAUGCUGCCUUGUUUUCCACCACAGUACUGUCUUCACACACUGAUAAUAAGUCCUAUUGCUCCUUAAGCAAAUCAUGUAUGUUGAGUGAUGUCCAUCAAACAAAAUAAAGCAACAAUGUUUCAGUGUAAGUGUUAGAUGGCACUGACAUUUUGAACAUGAGCAAUGUUGCACAGAUCUGUGUUCAGAGCAGAUAACUCCACCUAGUGGACACUAUGGAAAUAAUUUUGUCUUCUGCUGUUUUAAUGAUGAUAUUACAUCCUCAGCCUUUAGUCCUGUACACUGUAUUUUGUGAUAUCCUCCGUAGUAUUUAUCAUGGCCUCUUUCAACUGAUGAAAUUAGUUAAGUUACUCUCCCAAGACUGCGUUCAUUAUUUCAAAUACAACUGUCUCUGCAUUAUGUUCUUGUCAUAUCUCCUCUGAAGUUUAAAGAUCUUGUCAGUAUACCCUUGAGUUGGAGCCAAAGUGCAGUUGCCAAUGGCAGUGUCCCUUUUAAUUUAUAAUUUCACAUUAUUUAUGUAGAUGUUCUUUACAGUGAAUGUUAUUUUUUAAGAACAAUACAACAAGUUGGAUAUUAAUGCAUCAGUUUUGAAAUAAAGGUUUUAUAUAUUU